AUGGCAAUUGACUAAGUUUUCAAUUUUCAAUUAAUUCUCAAUUGUACAAUUCUACCAAUUGAACCUUCAAAAUGUUAAGAUCUUCCUUGCGCUCAUUCUCGACUUCCGUGGUCAGACCUUCUUUUGCCAGAGUGCUGAUAUUAGGAACUGUGGGUAACGUUAACUUCAGAGAAACCAAAGACGGCGUCAAGUUCAUCAACUACUCGCUUGCAGUCGACAGAUACGCUCCUACUGAAGAAGAUGGCAAGACCACCGACUGGUUCAACGUUUCGGUUUUUGACGAAAAGCAAAUUGCUGCUUUUGAAAAGUUCUUGAAGCCUGGUGUUCAAUUGUUGGUAGAUGCUGAUGCCAGACAACGUGUUGUAGCUGACGAAAGCUCGGAUUCCAAGUACACCUUGACCAGCUUGAAGCAGAGACACUUUGAUGUUGUCAGAUAUGCCAAGAGAACGCCUACCGAAGAAGAAGAAACUGAAUAGAUGAAGUUGUAGUGUGAUGCUAUUAUAAUAUGUUAUGAUAGUAUUUCAGUACGAUGUUAUUUGAUUAUAGUUGCUAUUGAUUAGAAUUGUAAUUGCUGUUGUAAUUCAUUGUCAUGGUUAUUCAACAUCGUAAUAUUCAAUUAUGAUACUAUGAAUAUGAUAGUGAUUGUUAUCUUACUAUUUGUUAUAUUCUACGUUUACUUCUGGUACAUAGUCGUUAUUUGUCCUUUAUACCUAUUUACUUUUAUGCCUCAAUGUAACUUUUUGGC